AUGUCUCUCGAAGAAGAAAACGAAGAGUUUUCCAGUAACUACGGCGACGUAACGGAAAAUUCGAAAGCCGGAAACUGGAGAGAAGCCGUCGAAGGAAAGAAGUGGGCGAAUGUGAGCGAUUUGGUGGAAGAGAUGGCCGGAUCUGAGGUUCUGAUCAGAGGCAGAGUUGACACGUAUCGGCCAUAUUCUAGCAAAGUGUUUGUGAUCUUGAGACAAGGCGACGGUUGCAAAGGUCAGAGUACUGUUCAGUGCGUAGCGAAACAAUCGAACGUUGGCGUCAAGAUGAUUAAAUACCUAAAGCAGCUGACUUGCGAAUCGAUUCUCGAUGUCAUUGGUGUCCUUGUUGCCCCUAAGGACCUUGUCAAGGGACCUACCCAAAAGAAGGUAGAAAUUCAGGUGAGGAAAGUGUACUGUGUGAGCAGAGCCUUAGCAAGAUUACCACUUGGUGUGGAGGAUGCUGCAAGAAGUGAAGCUGAUAUUGAAAAAUCUCUUGAGAUGGGAAUUAAAGCUGUUCGUGUCAAUCAGGAUACACGUUUGAACAAUAGAUUUCUCGACAUCAGAACAGCAGCUAACCAAGCCAUCAUCCACGUUGAGUGCAGAACCGAACAUUUUUUUAGAGGAAAGUUGCUAGACAUGGGUUUUGUUAGUAUCCACACACCGAAACUGAUAGCUGGAAGUAGUGAAGGAGGUUCUGCUGUGUUUAAAUUGGACUACAAGGGACAACCUGCUUGCUUAGCUCAGUCUCCUCAGCUACACAAGCAAAUGGCUAUAUGUGGUGACCUGCGACGAGUCUUUGUGGUAGGUCCUGUUUUCAGAGCUGAAGACUCGUUCACUCAUAGACAUCUCUGUGAGUUUGUGGGUCUUGAUGUGGAGAUGGAGAUUCAUAAAGACUAUUCUGAGAUAAUGGACCUUGUGGAUGAGUUGUUUGUGUAUAUGUUCACUGAAUUGAAUGAGAAGUGCAAAAAGAAACUUGAAGCUAUUGGAAAACAGUACCCUUUUGAACCUUUGAAGUUUCUUGAAAAAACAUUGAGGUUAACCUUUGAAGAAGGGAUUCAGAUGCUUAAGGAAGCAGGUGUGGAGGUUGAUCCUCUUGGCGAUCUAAACACUGAAUCUGAGAGAAAACUUGGCCAACUUGUAUUCGAAAAGUACAAGACUGAGUUCUAUAUUCUGCAUCGGUAUCCAACAGCGGUUAGGCCUUUCUACACCAUGCCUUGUGCUGAUAAUCCUCUUUACAGUAAUUCUUUUGAUGUCUUCAUCAGAGGUGAGGAGAUCAUGUCAGGAGGUCAACGUAUCCAUAUCCCAGAAGUCUUGGAGGAACGUGCAGUAGAAUGUGGCAUUGAUGUCAAUACAAUAUCCACAUAUAUCGAUUCAUUCAGAUACGGAGCGCCUCUCCACGGUGGAUUUGGAGUAGGGCUAGAGCGAGUGGUGAUGCUUUUCUGCGCACUUGACAACAUUCGAAAAACAUCGCUCUUCCCUCGUGACCCUAAAAGGCUUGCACCCUAA